UGUAUGUAUUUGAUGACAGAUGGAAUUAUGAAGAAAUAUCCUAGAGAUGUGGUCAUUCAAAUGUGUCUCCAAAACUUUCUCUUGCGAUUCAAAUGUGUCUCCAAAACUGUUUGCGCUCUCAUACAAUCUUCAACUUUCAUCAAUCUUCAUCUAAACCACUCAACAACUUCGACAGAUGGUAACAUUCUCUUGAAGCGUUCCUUUAAAGAAGAUAUUGAAAUAUAUAAAGCUAUAUUUUCUUUUAUUUCUAGUGAUUGUGAAGAUUACCUGAAAUUCAUUUAUCCAGAACUAGUGGUGCCAUAUAUAACAAACCGUUUGAGUAUUACCAGUGAUAAACUUAUUGGUCCUAGCCAUGGUUUGAUUGCUCUGAUGGAUCCAAUUACUACCAUCUUGUUCAAUCCAUCUACUAGAAAUUAUAGACUGCUGCCGUCGAGCCCUUUUGAUGUUCCAAAGGGAUUCCAUCGAUCCAUUGCAAGUGGCGGGUUUGGUUUUGACUCUGUAGUUAAUGAUUUCAAAGUUUUUAGAAUUAUUCAAGUUUACACGGAAGAUCGUUUCGGGUACCCUGAAAAGGGAGAGAAAAAGGUCGAGGUUUAUGAAUUGGGUAUUGAUAUUUGGAGAGAAUUGGAUCAUGUUGAUCAACAAUUGCCCAAGUUAUUCUGGUUGACUUCUUCGAUAUUUUAUAAGGGAGCUUACCAUUGGAUUACAUCUUCAAGAGAAUUCAAACCAACAAUUCUUUGUUUUGAUAUGAGCACAGAAAUCUUUCGCAAUAUGGAACCCCCUAAUACUCGUGAAUUUUCAAGUGGAACGAUUCAUAGCCUCCUCAUCUUGACUGAGUCUCUAUGCUUGACUUGUUACCCCUGUCUAGGACCCAUGAUUGAUCCAGCAAACAUUUUGAUGGAAAUUUGGAUAAUGAAAGAUUAUAAUGUUUAUGAGUCUUGGAUUAAGAAAUACACAAUUAGAGGUCUUCCUACUGAAUCUCCGUUAGCAAUAUGGAAAGACUGUUUAUUGCUUUUCCAAAGCAAAAGUGGAUAUUUGAUGUUGUAUGAUCUUAACUCUGAUGAAAUCAAGGAAUUGAAUUUCCAUGGUUGUCUGAAAAGUAUGCGAGUUAUAAUUUACAAAGAAAGCAUGACUCCAAUUCCAAAAGGAAGCCAAAGAAGUACACAAGUUGAAAACUUUUAG